GGGUCGGCGCGUCCUCGCGGGCGUCAGAGGAAGGCGGGCGCCCCGCGCGGUGACGGCGACGCCUGCGGCCCGGGAACGCUCCACUCGCCGCCGCGGGAGAGCCCGGUGACCUCUCGGCCGCCCCGCCUCGGAGGCUCGGAUGGCUCAGGCUAAGAUCAGCGCCAAAGCCAACGAGGGGCGCUUCUGCCGCUCCUCCUCCAUGGCCGACCGCUCCAGCCGCCUGUUGGAGAGUCUCGACCAGCUGGAGCUCAGGGUUGAAGCUUUGAGAGAAGCGGCCAGUGCUGUUGAGCAAGAGAAAGAAAUCCUUCUGGAAAUGAUCCACAGUAUCCAAAACAGCCAGGACAUGAGGCAGAUCAGUGACGGAGAAAGAGAAGAGUUAAAUCUGACUGCAAACCGCUUGAUGGGACGAACCCUUACUGUUGAAGUUUCAGUAGAAACCAUCCGAAACCCACAGCAACAAGAAUCCCUAAAGCAAGCCACCAGGAUUAUUGACGAGGUGGUCGGUAAGUUUCUAGACGACUUGGGCAAUGCUAAGAGUCACUUGAUGUCACUCUACAGCGCGUGCUCAUCUGAGGUGCCACCGGGGCCCGUCGAUCAGAAGUUUCAGUCCAUAGUCAUCGGCUGCGCUCUUGAAGACCAGAAGAAAAUUAAGAGAAGACUCGAGACUCUGCUGAGAAACAUUGAGAACUCGGACAAGGCCAUCAAGCUGUUAGAGCAUUCCAAGGGAGCUGCUUCCAAAACUCUGCAACAGAAUGCUGACAGCAAAUUUAGUCUGUAAACCGCAGGGCAUCUAGAAACGGUCAUGUAAAAAUGUUAGGUACUAUUUUAAGUGACAACUAGUUCUUUAUGUUAGUACGUAUAACCACUUAUUUGAUACUGACAAUUGUUUUAGAUGAAGAAAAUAUUUCUGCUGCCAUCCGUUUUGUGAAUACCAAUUAAAACGAGAAAUAUUUGAAUUAUCUA